AUGUCCUUUUUCCAAUCCUCUGUCAACCCAGAUGCCGAGCGCAUCAUGCACACAUUCCUUGCCCUCGUCAUUGAGCUCGACCAGCUCUCAGCGAUCAUUCCGGAGGAGGACACUCCCUUCCUCGACAAGGAAGUUUGGUGCCGUGACUGGUCCAAAUUUUUCGAUAACUUCUCCUCUUGCCAGAAGGAGGCAAAGGAGAAGGGCGUGACUCUCCUGAUGUCUGGCGAGAUUGCUGCAAAGGGCGAUGCCUGCAUUGCCGCCCUUCCGAAGGUUCAGGACGCGGUUCGUUUGAUGAAGGAGGAGGCCGCCAAGCAGGCCGAGGCGAAGGCUGCGGAGGAGGAACGGGUUAGGCUCGCGGAGGAGGAACAGAGGAGGUUGGCAAGCGAGGAAGCGGCGAGGAAGGUUGCCAAGGAGGAGACUACGGCACCAGAUGAGGAAGAGAAGGAGUCGUCCGAGGAGGAGGAGGAGGAGGAGGAGGAAGGUGACACGGAAGCAUCGGGCGAUCAGUAUGUUCGUCCUAGGACGGGUCACAUGUCGACCAAAUCUACGCUGGCAAUCCGGUACUCUAAGCGGUGUGCUCGCUGCGAGUGGCAGAAUUCCGCCUGCUUUGGUUUGGCGGGCCAGAGCUGCCAAGCGUGCAAGAGAGUGCACGUCCGGUGCGAGUACAGCACCACUCCACCUAAAGGCAAGAAGGCUGUGGCGGCAACUCCGGCGCUGGUCGCUGGGCCUUCUCGCCCCUGCAGCUGUUCCAGGUGGCGCGGGCCAUCUCUAUUUCGGAGGACGAUCGCAUUGCAGCCUCACCCAGUCGCAAGAGGCUUGAAGAGGAAAGCCAUGGAAGCAUUGGAGGAGGAGGUGGAGACUUUGGAUGAGGUGGACGAGGCUUUGCAGAAGCAGUUCAAGGUGAUGGAGGCUAAGUGUGUUCAGGCAGAGGGGAUAGCGAGGGAGAUGUGGAUCGGCAUGGACCUUAUUGCUAGGAUGAUCGCGAAGCGGCGCCGCAUGCACAAAUAA